GUCAGAUCAGGUCUGUAGUUACUGUCUGACAGACAGCUGGUGAGAACAACAGGAACAGAAAAGAGACAGAAAACAGGGAGAAGGGGCUCCCCUGAGAGAAGAGUCCCUACAGAUGGAGGAGGGAGCAGGAAACCUCCAGAGCACCUCUGGGUCACAGGCGGAGACCCAGAAGAAGGAUGAUGAUGUUGCCACCAAAAGACCCCAGAAUAGGAAUAAGAGACGAGGAGCGUCCUAUGCCAUCAGGAAAUCUCAAGACCAAGAGAGGAGGAAGAAGAGGAAUCAAAGAAAAAGAAGGAGCAUCUCAAACAUAAAAGAAGAUGUAGGUGUUGAAGGUGAAAACUCAGAAGAAGUCGAGAUGGAGGUUGCGGAGACUCAAAGCACCCAUACUGAGGAGAAUCUGCCUGAAGGAACGCAACACGUGGAUCAUCAAUCAGAACAGAACUUACAAACUGCGGAGAACAUCAGAGAGCAACGCCACAAAGAUGUCAAGAUGGUGCAAGCUCAGACCCAAACAGCGAAACGUAAAGGCAAAAACAAAAUCACACAAACUCAAGUUGUUCGUCAGACCGACCAGGAAACACAGACGGAUUUCCCAAAACAAGAGGACGCACACAGUGAAAAGACUCGACCGAAAAAAGACAAACACACAUCUGAAUCCAAACUGCAAGGUGCUCCUCAGACUGAAAAUCCAGACGAUGUCGGAGCAUCGUCAGACUCAGCCAUGGAGCAAAAACCUCAGAAAGCAUCUGAAGAGGAGAAUCCGUCUGCAGGAUCCUCAGUCGAUCCCAUAGACUCCCAGGCAGAUAAAGGUGCCAAACAGAAGUCUUACGCCAAUGCUGUGUCUGGAGAGGGCACGAGUCAGAAACAGUCCGACGCAGAAGCCUCCGGAGCGGCGGAUAAAACCACGAAACCACCCCACAGCUCACGUGAUCGCAGCCCAGUGAGACCUCCACCUGGUGUGCCCAUGUUCAGCUUUCACAUCUACGCUGUGCUCGACAAAAAGUUCAGAUUCAACCAGGAGUGUGACACACUUCUACUGUGUUACGAUGGCGGGUAUUUACCCUUUCAGAUGACACAUUUUGUUGGACUUAAAGAGGGAGGAUAUCUGGUCGAAGCCAGUCUUUUCGUUGAAGAAUGCAGCCUGCAGAGAGGCAGGUGGUGGACUUAUUGGUAUGGUGUAAAGCAACGACAGAAAGAGAUUCAUGGAAUUGCCACAAGACGUAUUCAGAUUCCAUGGGAUCCCAACACUAAAGAGCUGCACAUUUAUGAAGGCUUCAUUAGUCGUCAGGAGGAGCAAGGUUUCUGGAAAUCCAACUUAAAUAACAUGCUCGGGCGGAAUCGACUCAAAGGAGUCGAGAUAUCAGACAUCUGGCAGGCCGCAGCGAGAACUCUGCUGAACAGAAUCUUCCAGAAAUGGUCCCCGUCAGACAAACAGAGCACUGAGCGCUUGUGUGACAACUUGAGUCAUUUCACGAUGAGUCUCGGUUCUGCACAUGAAAGGAUGGAAUUUGAAGAUAGAUCACGACCUCCUCCAGUCACGACACUAGAGCUGAUAUCAGAGACUUUGGUUCAGAUCUUGGAUGGAGAACCAAAGGCGAAGUUACCAGAAAGCUGUAAGAGCUCCGGUCCUCUUGUUCUGGGCCUGUCCAUCUUCCUGGUCACCAGAAGUUGUAACAUCAACCUGGGAGUGAAAGGCUGGGCGGAGCUGUGUCGCCUGGUGUCCUCACAGACCGCAAUGGACAAAAAAAAUCUGGACGGGCUGCUCAGUUCUUACCAAAAUGCAGUUCAACAGAAGCUUUUAGGUUGACAAACUUUCCGCUGCAUCUCUUGGUCUUCCUCAGGAUGGAGUUUGCUCAGUUUUUAUUUGUGUCCUCGUCACUAUUGUUGAAUUUUUGCCUAAAAACAGUCAAAUUUGAAUGUCAAAAAUAUCAGAAUUAGCCUUAAAAAUGUACAUUUCUAUACAGAAACACAGAGGACGUGGUCUUGAUGUCUUCACUGGUUACCAUGAACCUGAGAUGCAACAAUAUCUGAGGUCUUGAUGUGUGACCCUGUGUGACACAUUCUCUAUUCCUUCCUUUCAGUAUUGUGUUG